CUCGGAGCCGCGGUGGAUGCAGCCACAAAGAAAGGAAACACUGCUCUGCACAUCGCGUCGCUGGCCGGCCAAACGGAUGUCGUCAAAGAGCUGGUCACUAACGGAGCCAAUGUCAACUCGCAGUCUCAGAAUGGCUUCACUCCUCUGUACAUGGCCGCCCAGGAGAAUCACCUGGAGGUGGUUCGGUUCCUUCUGGAGCACAGCGCCAGCCAGAGUAUGGCCACUGAGGAUGGCUUCACCCCUCUGGCGGUGGCCCUACAGCAGGGCCAUGACCAGGUGGUCUCCCUGCUGCUGGAGAACGAUACAAAGGGCAAGGUGCGCCUGCCUGCCCUGCACAUCGCUGCCCGCAAGGAUGACACCAAGGCCGCGGCCCUGCUCCUGCAGAACGACCACAACGCCGACGUCGAGUCGAAGAGCGGUUUCACCCCCCUCCACAUCGCCGCUCACUAUGGCAACAUAAACGUGGCCACGCUCCUGCUGAACCGGGGCGCUGCUGUGGACUUCAUGGCUCGGAACGACAUCACACCACUUCACGUGGCAUCGAAAAGGGGCAACAGCAACAUGGUCAAGCUGCUGCUCGACAGGGGAUCCAAAAUAGAUGCAAAGACCAAGGACGGCCUGACACCUCUCCACUGUGGGGCGAGGAGCGGACACGAGCAGGUGGUAGAAAUUCUACUCGACCGAGGAGCACCUUUCCUCUCCAAGACCAAGAACGGUCUGUCCCCGCUCCACAUGGCCACUCAGGGGGACCACCAGAGCUGUGUCCAGCUGCUGCUCCAGCACGACGUGCCGGUGGACGACGUCACCAACGACUACCUGACGGCGCUGCAUGUCGCCGCCCACUGUGGUCACUACAAGGUGGCCAAGCUCAUCGUGGACAAGAAGGCCAACCCCAACGCCAAGGCACUGAACGGUUUCACUCCACUUCACAUCGCCUGCAAGAAGAACAGAGUGAAAGUGAUGGAGCUGUUACUGAAACACGGAGCGUCUAUCCAGGCUGUCACUGAGUCUGGCCUGACCCCCAUCCACGUGGCAGCCUUUAUGGGUCAUGAGAACAUCGUCCAUUCACUGACGCAUCACGGAGCCUCACCCAACACCACCAAUGUCCGGGGUGAGACCGCUCUCCACAUGGCAGCCAGGGCGGGGCAGGCGGACGUCGUCCAGUACCUGCUCAAGAACGGCGCCAAGGUGGAGACCAAGUCCAAGGACGACCAGACAGCGUUGCACAUCUCCAGUCGACUGGGGAAAGUCGACAUCGUGCAACAGCUGCUGCAGUGCGGCGCCUCUGCCAACGCCGCCACCACCUCAGGCUACACCCCCCUUCACCUGGCCGCCCGUGAAGGACACCAAGACGUUGCUGCCAUGCUGCUGGAUAACGGAGCCUCACUCUCCUCAGCCACUAAGAAAGGGUUCAGUCCACUGCACGUGGCAGCAAAGUACGGCAAGAUGGAGGUGGCCAGCCUCCUGCUGCAGAAGAGAGCUGCGCCUGAUGCUGCUGGAAAGAGUGGGCUAACUCCACUGCAUGUAGCUGCUCACUACGAUAAUCAGAGAGUGGCGCUGCUGCUGUUGGAUCAGGGAGCUUCCCCGCACGCUGCCGCCAAGAACGGCUACACUCCGCUGCACAUCGCUGCCAAAAAGAACCAAAUGGACAUCGGGACCACGCUGCUGGAGUACGGCGCAGACACCAACGCCAUGACGCGGCAAGGCAUCAGUCCCAUUCACCUGGCGGCGCAGGAGGGCAGCGUGGACCUGGUGUCCCUGCUGCUGACCAAGAACGCCAACGUCAACAUGUGCAAUAAGAGCGGACUCACACCACUUCAUUUAGCAGCUCAGGAGGACAAGGUCAAUGUUGCAGAAGUCCUUCUCAACCACGGUGCUGAUGUCAACCCACAUACAAAGAUGGGUUACACUCCGCUGCACGUGGCCUGUCACUAUGGCAACGCAAAGAUGGCAAACUUCCUGCUGCAGAACCAAGCCAGAAUCAACGGCAAAACCAAGAACGGAUACUCUCCUCUACACCAGGCGGCUCAGCAGGGCCACACCCACAUCAUCAACCUGCUGCUUCAGCACGGGGCCUCGGCCAACGAGCUCACCGUGAAUGGGAACACUGCCCUCUCGGUCGCCCAUCGACUCGGGUACAUCUCUGUGGUGGACACUCUGAGGCCCAUGACGGACGAGAACCUGACCACCAUGAGUGCAUCAGAAAAACACAAGAUCAAUGUUCCAGAGACCAUGAACGAGUUCCUCGACAUGUCAGAUGAUGAAGGUGAGGAUGCGAUGACCGGGGACACAGACAAAUACCUGCGGCCUCAGGACCUCAAAGAGCUGGGGGACGACUCCCUGCCCCAGGAGGGGUACAUGGGGUUCAGCAUAGGAGCCCGCUCCGCCAGCCUCCGCUCCUUCAGUUCGGAUAGGUCCAACACCCUCAACCGGAGCUCGUUCGCCCGAGACAGCAUGAUGAUCGAGGAGAUCCUGGCCCCCACCAAGGACACGCUUCAGAGUGUCUGUAAUGACAUUUCCUACUUGGUUGACCCACUGAAUAAGCAUCUGGCCGUGACGAGGGACUACGGCUCGGAGUGUAUGCGGCGCUACAGCUGGACUCCAGACACCGUGGACCACAGCCACAGCCACAACACCUUGUCCAGCCCCAUUCACUCCGGCCUCUCCUCCCCGCUCCCUCAGUAUGACUCCAGGUUCUUGGUCAGCUUCAUGGUGGACGCCCGCGGUGGCUCCAUGAGAGGCAGCCGCAGCAAUGGCAUGCGCAUCAUCAUCCCUCCCAGGAAGUGCACGGCGCCCACACGCAUCACAUGUCGUCUGGCCAAGAGGCACAAGCUGGCCUACCCCCCUCCCAUGGUGGAGGGAGAGGGGCUGGUCAGCCGGCUGGUGGAGGUUGGACCGGCCGGGGCUCAGUUCCUCGGCCCUGUGAUUGUGGAGAUCCCUCACUUUGGUUCCAUGCGAGGGAAGGAGAGGGAGCUGAUUGUGUUGAGGAGCGACAAUGGUGACGCCUGGAAGGAGCACCAGUCUGACGCCAGAUCAGAAGACCUCUACGAUCUGCUCUCUGGGAUGGAUGAAGAGCUGGACAGCCCCAUUGAGCUGGAGAAGAAACGCAUCUGCCGCAUCGUCACCAGAGAUUUCCCUCAGUAUUUCGCGGUGGUGUCGCGGAUAAAGCAGGAGUCGAACCACAUGGGUCCAGACGGCGGCAUGCUGACCAGCAGCACCGUGCCCAUGGUGCAGGCUUCCUUCCCACAGGGGGCGCUCACCAAGAAGAUCCGUGUGGGCCUACAGGCCCAGCCUGUACCCGACGACAUGGCGAGGGCAGUCCUCGGCAACAGAGCCACCUUCAGCCCCAUCGUCACCGUGGAGCCCAGGAGGAGGAAGUUCCACAAGCCGAUCACGAUGACGAUCCCUGUCCCACCUCGGUCGGCGGAGGGACAUCCCAGCGGACACAGGGGGGACGCUGCGCCAUGCCUACGUCUGCUGUGCAGCAUCACGGGAGGGACGUCCCCUGCCCAGUGGGAGGACAUCACAGGGACCACACCGCUGUCCUUUGUAACUGACUGUGUCUCCUUCACCACAAAUGUGUCGGCCAGGUUCUGGCUCGCAGACUGUCACCAGAUUCCUGAGACGGUGAGUCUAGCGUCUCAGUUAUACCGGGAGCUGAUCUGCGUGCCGUACCUGGCCAAGUUUGUGGUGUUCGCCAAGAUGAACGACAUAGUGGAAGCUCGGCUGCGCUGCUUCUGCAUGACGGACGAUAAGGUGGACAAGACGCUGGAGCAGCAGGAGAACUUUGAGGAGGUGGCCCGGAGCAAGGAUAUCGAGGUUCUCGAGGGCAAGCCGAUCCAUGUGGACUGUUAUGGCAACCUGUCCCCUCUCACUAAAAGUGGCCAGCAGUUGGUUUUUAACUUCUUCUCCUUCAAGGAAAACAGGCUUCCAUUCAAUGUGAAGAUCAGAGAUAUGGGCCAGGAGCCAUGUGGCCGCCUCUCCUUCCUGAGAGAGCCGAAGAACACCAAGGGCCUUCCACAGACGGCCAUCUGUAAUUUGAAUAUCACACUGCCAACCCACAAGAAGGAUAUGGAGUCUGAUCCUGAUGAUGAGACUGAAAAGCCCGAACGACGUCAUACCUUUGCCUCCUUAGCUUUGCGUAAGCGCUACAGCUAUUUGACCGACCCAGCAGCGAAAACAACUGAUCGAAGCUCGACGAGAACACAGCCUACUAGCUACCCUCACAAACCUGUCUUUUCAACGAGAUCUUAUCAGGCGUGGUCGCCUGUUCCUGUCGCCGUCCCUGGCCAAGCCAAAUCUGGGUUUUGCUCCAUCUCCAGUUCGUCAUCCAACACGCCUUCUGCCUCUCCACUAAAGUCUGUCUGGUCCAUCAACUCUGCCUCCCCCAUCAAGACCAACAUCCCUGGAUCACCUGCACAUUCUGUUAAGUCAGCUAGUGACAUGGCCUCUCCCAUACGAUCUUACAGAACCAUCUCCUCUCCUAUAAAAACUGUAGUCCAACAAGUCCAGUACCCGAGCCAGGUCUUGUCUAGUCCCCUGGCCUCACCAGGGAAAAGUGCCCCAGACUCUAUGUCUAUGAAAGGACUGGCGGCAUUAUCUGCUAGGACCUCCCCUCUAACUGUCUCUGGAGGAGGAAGCACUCUUCUUGAGAGAACAUCCAUGGGCUCGACGCCACCAACUUCUCCCAAAUCAUCUCUGAAUAUGUUCAGUUCACCAUACAGGACUGUUAUGGGGGGCUCGUGUGGCUCCACACCUUCCUCCUCACCAAUCAAAACAGUCCCCGGUCUUUCGUCUGUGCGUUCCUUUGCUUCGGAAGUCACUGGCCCUGCAAGAAGCCUGUUCUCAUCUCUUACAUCCCCACAUAAAUCCAACACCCCUCCAAGUGCUGCAUCUCUGAUCAACGGAACGGCAUCUCCUUCACAGUAUCGCUCUUCAUCCCCAACAUCUCUGCUCUCCAACAGCCUGCAAGAGAGAAUACAAGCAACCACCAAUGCUGCGACUACAAAUGUCAAUGCAGCAUUUGAUGAGGUUGAAAAAACAUUGAAUUCUUGUUCUGCAGGCUAUGGCACCUUGAAGUCCUUGUCCUCCUCCGGAUCCUCCUCCUAUCAGUCCAUGAGAUCAUCUGCCUCUAGUUCCCUUUACACCUCUUUAAGGCCCUCUCCAAAUGCCACCCCUGCUGUUACAUCCAGUACAAUGACUGUCCCAGUGUACUCUGUUAUUAAUCUGCUGCCAGAGCCCCAGUUUAAAAAGUUACCUGAGGUCUCCAAAUCAGCUGCUGCCCUCCUGUCCCCGCGGAAGACUGUGCCGACUGAGGGUAAUUCUCAGUUGCAGUCUUCCUUCUCCAGAACUCUUUCUCCCAUCAAAGCUUCUCUUUUUUCUGCUGGCCUAAAAUCAAACACCAUAUCACCAUUGUCAUCAAGCCAAGAGAUUCUGAAGGAUGUAGCUGAAAUGAAAGAAGACUUGAUACGAAUGUCAGCCAUUUUGCAGACAGAUCCGAAUUCCACAGCCAAUAAAGGAUUUCAGUCUGAUUCUCCCAAGGGAGUCAAAAUAGAGGACGAGGAGCCAUACAGGAUUGUGGAGAAAGUAAAACAAGAUUUGGUUAAAGUCAGCGAAAUCCUUACUAAAGAAUCUGUGAAAGAUGGUAAGGUUUCUCUAGCAAGGGGUGCUUUGGAUGACAUACACUUUUCGAAAGUGCAAGUUGAACAACCACCAAGCAACUGGAGCUAUCCGCCAAGAUACGAGACUGUGGUUCCUCAAGCCAAAUCAAAAACAAUACCAGAUAGAGAUUUCAAUCUCUCCAAAGUGGUUGACUAUCUGACCAAUGACGUUGGUAGCAGCUCUUUCUCUAAAAUGCAUGAAACAAAGCAUAAAGCCGAUGAAAGCAAGAGAGAAGGAGAGGGCAAGGAGAAGCAGAAACGUGUCCUGAAACCCACCAUCGCCGUUCAGGAGCACAAACUCAAGAUGCCUCCAACAAACAUGCGAUCUUCAGCUUCCGACAGAGAGAUCGGUAAAUUGGCAGAUUCACUUUUUGGAGCUGACACUGUGCUAGACUCCCCUGAUGAUAUCUCUCAUGAACAGGAUAAAAGCCCCCUCUCAGACAGUGGUUUUGAGACCAGGAGUGAAAGGACACCCUCUGCCCCUCAAAGUGCUGAAGGAAUGGGCCCCAAGGCCCUUUUUCAGGAUAUCCCAGUUCCACCAGUGAUCACCGAGACUAGGACUGAGGUGGUCCAUGUCAUCAGGAGCUAUGAGUCUCCGGAAGAUGGCAAACAACCUCCAAUGGAGGAUACACUUGCUGUCAGAUAUAUUGAUUCAGAUUCUAAAGGGUAUCUAAAUCAAGCUACUCCGACUUCAGAACAGAACAAGUGCUACUCAAUAAAAGUCGGUCCUGAUGAAGAUCCAAUGGGAAAGGGGAUGAGGGUAAAGGAGGAGACUCACAUCACUACCACCACCAGGAUGGUUUACCACAAACCUGGCAAAGAAGCACAAUCUGAGAGGUGUGAAGAAACCAUGUCUGUGCAUGACAUAAUGAAGGCUUUUCAGUCAGGCAAGGACCCUUCUAGAGAACUGGCCGGACUCUUUGAACACAAGUCUGGCAGUGAAGAGACAUCACAAAGAGGCUUUGAGGACAUCAACUCCAAACCUAAAGUUGAAAGAAUAAUUGAGGUUCACAUUGAAAAAGGCAAUAAAACAGAACCAACAGAGGUCAUCAUCAGAGAGACAAAAGAGAAGGAGAUGUAUUACUACCCAGGGAGCAGGCAGGAAGCAGAUGAGCCUGAGGAAUCACUUCCAGUGUACCUUGACUGCCCCAGAGUAAACACAUCCAUGUCUCAGGAGGAAGACAGUCGCCCUAGUUCAGCCCAGCUCAUUGCAGAUGACUCUUACAAAACCCUAAAGCUACUUAGUCAGCAGUCUGUAGAGUACAAUGAGGAUGAGUCUUCUGAGCUUAGGGGAGAAUCUUACAAUUUUGCAGAGAAAAUGCUUCUCUCUGAAAAAUUUGACCAGUCUCAUUCUGACACAGAGGAAUAUCUGAGAGACAGGACUCACUUCCACUCACCAGAGAGAAGCAGUGACAGUGAGGGUAGAUCUGUUGGGCCAAGGACAGAGUAUGUCUUCAGGUCGCCGAGAAAUGUUUUUGACAAAUCAGGAAGAAUGGCCAGUGUUGAUGAUAACUUUGACAAACUGACACUUUUGCAGUAUUCGUCUGAACCUGGAAGCCCAAAGCAGUCUGUUUGGAUGCGGGUGUCAGAUGACACACAGAGUAAGGAGAGAGAAGAGCUUAUGUAUGAGGACAGAGUGGACAGAACUGUUAAAGAGGCGCAGGAAAAACUCAGUCAAGUAUCUCAGUUUUUUCGAGAUAGAACAGAACAGCUCAAUGAUGAGCUCUCAUCUCCAGAGAAAAAAUCUCGUAGAGCCGACUUCAGAGAAUCGCGAUCAGGGCCGAGCUCCACACACAGCAGUCCAGAGAGGUCAGCUUACAAGAAUGGGGCAAGUGGGGAAGAGUGGAGCAGAGAAAGGCUUAGAGACAGGUUCAGCGCCAGUGAUAGGAAAUGUGCCAGCUUACCCAGCAGUCCAGAGAGGAGGGUACUGUUGCAGUAUAGUGAUUCAGACCCAAGUAAACAAGGAGAUGGUAAAUCCCAGGGAAUCCCUGGUGAAAUGUCUAAACCUUUUCAAAUACCUUCCUCAAAAGUGAGUGCAGUGAGGCUUAAGUUUGAGCAAGAGGCUCAGAGGCAGGAUAGGACUUCUCAAAGUGUACAAAAUUCCAAUGCUCCUAUUAGGAAACUACAGGAAAGUAAGCUACCUGUGUAUCAAGUGUUUGCUGGGUCAGAUAUUCCCAAAACUCCAGAAAGUCCAGGAAAUCAGAGGAGAAAUUUAGGUGGUGAAUCAAAUAAGUUCUCCCCCAAGCAAGAAACAAGUGAAAAUGUUCAGGAGGAGAAAAAGCUAUUCAAAACUUGGGAGAGCCAAGGUUAUGGAAGCUAUAAACCCCAAUCUCCAAAGCUAUCUCAUUCAUUAAUCAAUGAUUCCAUGAUUGAUGGCAAUAACAGUGAUUCCCAAAGACAGGAGACGACCAAGAAAAUAAUCUACACAGAAUUUGUUGUUCAUGAAAGUCCAAAUACCAAUGAUAGUCUAAAAAAAAACUCGGAAUCACAAAUUCCUAUUAGAAAGCUUUCUAAUUUCUCGGAAAAUCUGAAAUCCACCACUUUAAAAGUAGAUGCCUGUGUUGAACCAUGUGAGAGGGCGGGGUCUCAUAUACCGACUUUAACAAGAAAUCGGUUACACAGUAGCUCUGAAUCCAACAAGUCCACUCGUGGAUCAUCACUAGGAAAAUCCACAGACUCAUCAGAUGGUAGCCAGUCAACCAUAGUGUGCAACGGUGUUGACGAUAACCAAAUAGAGUAUUUGGAUCAAGUGACUCCUGUAGUUGUUACAGAGGGCUUCAAAGAUAUUAAACCCUUGCCUGUGUAUGUUAGCAUCCAAGUAGGAAAGCAGUACGAGAAGGAAACAGCCUCGGAGCAGCUGGGAACAUACAAAAAGAUAGUAAGCCAUGAGAGUAGGACAGUGCAUGAGACAAGGGGUGCAUUUUACACUGUCAAGCAAAAGCAGUCUCCAUCUCCACUAGAAGAUGACACUCUAGAGCAAGUGACUUUCUUGGAAAGCUCUGGGAAAUUUCACGUUACCCCUGAGACCCCCAGCACUGAGGAAGUCAGCCUGACCUCAAGAGCACCAGACUCGGCGAUGGGCCUUAUACCCAGGAUGCCAAGCACUAUCGCAGAGGAGUCCGAGGAGGAUGAAGGAAAGACUUUUAUUUGCAAGGAGCCCUCGAAGGAAAAAUUGAAGCCAGCUCACCCAGAAACCCGCAGUAAAAAACAACAUGAUACAGAGAGACAGAAAUCAAAAGAGAAAAGAGUGGCUUAUAUAGAGUUCCCACCUCCUCCUCCUUUAGAGACAGAGCAGUCCGACCCUGAGAAAAAGGGAUCGUGUGCUUCUUCUGAGGCAGAGACAGAGAUGAUAGAGGUGAAUCUCCAAGAGGAGCAUGAUAGGCACCUACUAGCUGAACCAAUCAUCAGGGUGCAGCCUCCAUCCCCUAUCCCCCCUGGAGCUGAUAACAGUGACUCUAGUGAUGAUGAAUCUGUGUUCCAUCCCAUCCCUGUCAAAAAGUACACCUUCAAAAUGAAGGAGGAGGGAGACAAACGCUUAAUAAACAAACCAUCUGAGAAAAACGAAAACAUUGAGUCAGAGAUCAAUGGUGAAGUAAAGGUAGAAGAUGCUGACUAUGAACAAAACGGCAAUGACCAGUCAAUCACAGACUGCUCUAUAGCAUCCACUGCUGAGUUCUCUCAUGAUACGGAUGCAACUGAAAUAGACUCUUUAGAUGGGUAUGACCUUCAGGAUGAGGAUGAUGGACUGAGUGAAGACCCUAAAACAUCAAGUCUGUCCAUUGAUAUAAAAAACACAGACCGCUCAUUUAGUCAGUCCAAGCUUGAAGUCAUUGAGGAAGAGAAAUUUGAGGAAGGAGGGGAUAAUGGAAAGGCUAAUACCAGUACAUCAUCAGUAAACUGCAGUGGAGAAGAACCAGAUUACACCCUUGAAGGAAGACAUCCAGAAAGGCAGAUCUAUGGAGAAAAUUGCUUUGCCUACCAACUUGAAGAGGAGUUGAAUUCAACGUUUAAGACUGUUGCCACCAAAGGCCUGGACUUUGACCCCUGGUCUACCAAGGGGGGCGAUAAUGAUGGAGUUUUUGAUUCCAAAACAAAAGACGAGGAUCCUAAGCCCUUUGGAUUAUCAGUGGACGACAAAUCACAGGCUACAACACCUGACACAACUCCUGCUCGAACACCAACUGAUGAGAGCACACCAACUAGUGAGCCUAACCCCUUCCCUUUCCACGAAGGAAAGAUGUUUGAGAUGACCCGCAGUGGUGCUAUUGACAUGAGCAAGCGGGACUUUGUUGAAGAGAGGCUUCAGUUUUUCCAGAUUGGUCCCCAAAGUCCCUGUGAGCGGACGGACCUGCGCAUGGCUAUUGUCGCAGAUCACCUUGGACUCAGCUGGACAGAGUUGGCCCGGGAGAUGAACUUCACAGUGGAUGAGAUCAACCACAUCAGACUGGAGAACCCCAACUCUCUGACAGCACAGAGCUUCAUGCUGCUCAAGAAAUGGGUCAGUCGGGAAGGGAAAAACGCCACAACGGAUGCCUUAACUACAGUGCUGACCAAAGUCAAUCGGAUGGAUAUUGUGACUUUACUGGAGGGCCCAAUAUUCGACUAUGGUAACAUUUCAGGCACGAGAUGUUUUGCCGAUGAUAACGCUGUUUUCCGGGAUCAGGCUGAUGAUUAUCAGAGCAUUCUAGCGGAGCUGCAGUCUCCCGCCGCACUGCACUCUGAUCCCCACUUCCUGGAUCCCGAACUCCCUGUUACCCCUAACCCUUCCCUUGCUCAUCACCAGCCAGAACCAGACACCCCUUUGCUGGCCUACUCCCAUCGUCAGCCCUUGCCCUGGAGCCCCGAGAUAGAGCCCGGUAGCAGAGAGGCAGGCAGCCCUCCCAGGAGCCCCCCCAGGCCUUGUGAGCUCACCCUUUCCUUCCCAGUCUUUGAACUCCCUGAUCCUGUCCCUUCCAAGGUCAGAAAGCCCUACAUCGCGCUGAACGACCAGCUGCUUUUGAGCGAGGAGGAAGACAGGCCUUGUCAUGAAAUGGAGCUGAGCCACAGGCCCAAGUCACCGUCCUUCCCCGCGAUGUGCGAGUUAGACACGUUUUACUUCACGUCAUCCCCUUCGCUAUCAUCGAUAUCAUCAAUUACCCCUUCAACACCUGACAGAGCACACAUAGGAGACACGGGACUGCAGAUGGUUUCCCCCAAUGGGGCACAGGGGGAUGUAGGUUUGGAAGGAAGUGACAAGAAAGUGACAGAAGAGAUAAAGAACGUUGCAGAGAUGGUCGCAGCAGAGGUAGCAGAGGGAAAUGGAUUAAAGUGGGUAGAGAAGGACUUAAUCAAAAAUGUAGAAAGAAAGUGUGAGAUGAUAACAAAAGACAGGUCUAAGGUAGCCGAGGAAAGUAAAGGUUUGGUUGAACAGAGGGAGGAGUCUGCACUGGAAGACCAGCACGUCCUUAUAGCAGAUGAGAGUAAGGAGACGGCCCGUGGGAUGGAAGAGGUGAUAGAUUUGCAGAGUCUGUCAGAAGUACCGAAUCAUGUGAUAGAAAGUGAGCAAGGAUUGGAAAAGGUUCAGGAGGGGGACGGGGGCGGUGGUGACUCAGUCUAUGAGAGUAACAAAGUGGAUAACACAGAUGGACAAGUCCAGUUUAAAGAUGAAGGAUCCCGUGACUUUGAAAAAGAAGUUAGCGGGACAGCCGAAGGGGACAAGGAGACCGAGGACCAGGCUGUGGCUCGCCUCUCCCCUCAGGCCUGGGUUGAGGCACUUGGAGAACUUCAGUCGAGUGAGUCUAAUGAGGAAGAGGAGGAGGGACACAGAGCCAAACAAACCACGGAAGAGGCAUUGGGAACUCUGAUGGAGGAGGUGAAGAAUGAAGAGGUCUCAGAGGAAAAGGAGGAGGACGCAGAGAUGACGCAGGACAGGGUUCAGGCAAUCGCUGGUCCAGUUGAACAGGCAGAAAAAGACUUGUGUUCACUUUCAGGUUGGCACAGUGACUCCUCCAGCGUCAACGUGGAACCACCGACACCAGGCCGCAGUGUCAGCUCAGACCUGCUCGACAGACGAGAAAGCCAAGAGAUCUCCAGUGAGUCCAUCACUUCCUCGUCAAGGGCAGAAUCGGGGAGAUCCCGGCACAACGGCAGCAGCUCAAAGCACUCACCUCAGGGCGGCUCCUCUGAGUCAUCGAAUGGCAAAAAGGAAGAGGGGGCGCUGGUUUCAGAGAAAAAAGUCAAGAAGGUUAGCGUAGAUUCCGGUUCAGACGAAGAACAGACUGUAACCACCAGAAUCUUCAGACGACGUAUCAUUUUAAAGGGAGAAGAAGCAAAGAAUAUGCCAGGAGAGACUACGACAGAGGAACACUAUAUGGACCGAGAUGGUAACCUCAUCAGUAGAAAAGUAAUCAGGAAGGUUAUUCGGAGGGUUUCUACUCCGACACCAGAAGGAGGUGACAAGCGGCUCCGGGACCUUCUGCACAGUCCCACUCUGCAGGAAGACGGGUCUGAGCAGGGAGAUGUGUCAAGAAAUAGCCGGCGGAAGGAUGACAGAAGGUCGGGGGAUAAGAAGCUCCACUCAUAGGGAUGGUUGUGCUCUACCAGGUGUACAGGAACUGGGUUAGAUGUUUCCUGGGAAUAUGUGUUCAGAGGGAAGAAGAGUUGCGGCGUGAGGACUGCAGGCGCGGGUCCAGUCUGCAGCUGUCUUCUUCAAACAAGCGGUCUUCACGUGAGAGGAGGCGACCCCUCUGACUUACGCAUGAGCAUGAAAAACUCACUCCCUGUCAAUCAGUAAGACCCAGGAGGUUCUCCCUCUCCGACUGCGGUGGACCUGUGGACAACGAUUCUGCUUCCCGUUUUGUGUGAGACAAUAAUAAAGGCCAUCGGUCCACUGGGGACGUGAGAGCCCUGUGAGGAGGAGCAUUGUUUUCCUCGUGAAACAACGAAAGACUCCGGUACUGACAACCACAGACGCAACUGUGACCAAAGAUGGCACAAAGAGCUCGAUCCACUCGAUGGGCAGAAAGAACUAAGCAGACACAAUAACACACAAAAUAUCCAAUUGAACACUUCAACACUCGCCUUAUAGUUUCUUCUUGAACCCAUUGUUGUCAGGAUGUAAAUUGUAUUGGGAUUUUUUUUUCUUCCUUUUUUAAAACUUAAACAACACAAAAGCUUUUUUCUGUAUAUACAAAUUGCGAUGUGUAAAAUUCUUUAAAAAAAAGGGCAUGUUUCUGGUUGAGAACGCACUGAGGAGAGUAACCUUUUCAAGUGCUUUCAAAAUUGACGGAAACAGUUCCUCUUUUAAAGAUUUGAGUGUAACUUCACAGGAUCUUGUAUAAUUAAUUAUUAGAGCAGGUAUAAUGUUUGUACAUGAAAAAAAGAAGAGCUGGUUUGAUUUUAACAGAGGACAUUUCCAGAAAAUCAAUUUCAGUAAUUCCCAAAGUGGGAGUGGAUCUAAUCCUGCAAAAAAGCAGCCUUUCAGAGUACUCCUAUUUUCAUGCAUGCUGUUCACAUUAUUUUAAGUACGAUUUUUACCAGUUUGCAAACACCGUAUUCAAAUAACAAAUAAAACCCUUUAUCUGUGUACACAUAUAGUCCAAAAAUUUGUCACCAAUUUUAUAUUUUGAAUUGAAAAAGGAAACCAUUAAAAGCAUUUAUCAUGUCGGGGUGAGGAUGAGAGAUAAAAAAGGAUCUAUGGCUUCUCGAGGGUGUGAUGUAUUGUCUAUGUAAAGCCGGAGCAGGGCAGCUUCUGCUACAAGAACGAUAUAAUCUGAAUGUAAAUGCUAGAAGGCUGGCUCGCUGUAAAAUUAUAACUGUUAUUGUGCGUGUUGGCUAUAAGGUGUAGGAGUCUCUGUACACUGUUAGACUGUUUGUAAUCAUUUUUAGCAGUGUGUCAAUUUGGUUUCCUAACGGCUGCUGUGGUAUUAAAGGAAAACUGGGGGCAUUUUAUUUAGGAUUUUUUUAUUUUAAUUUUUUUUGGGGUGAAAUAUUUCCUUAAUUAAAAACUACUCACAUUAAGGACACAUAAAGACAUUAUUUGAUUGUAGCUCUAAAUAGCAUAUUGUAUUACAAAUACACUGGAUGGUCAACAAACAAUUAUUUAAGCAUUAAAUGAAUUGUGUUAAACUCUGAAACUGUGUGAUCUUUUUAGGCUUGAGAGUCUGUAUAUGCAAUGUCGAAUAGAGUCGUUUUCACUAGCUCAUUGGCAAAACUUUUACUUCACAUUACAAUAGGACUUCUCUUUUGUAUUGGUUUCCAUUAGAUUACCCAUGUAGUUAAAGUGUGGUGUUCUACUGGAGCGAUGGCUCAGUAUGCUGAUGUAUAAUGCUGUGGAAAUGAAGACUAUGUGACUUUCCUUUUUUUGGUGGGUGGGGGGGUUAAAGGAAAUCAGGUCGAGUGCUGUACCACAUCCCCGUAAACUGUCAAUCAAGGGGUAUAGGGACCCUUUGAUAUGGUCUAACUAUCAAUUUUUGUCAAUUUUGUUGGAUAUGUGUUUUCACAUGAGCAGAUUUUUGAUGUACAAUUCUUACUAACAGCGUGAAGCCAUUGAAAUGUAACUAUUCUAGCACUUUGGUUAUUCAAGGUCUUUUAGAGGCUAUAGCAGCAAUGAUGCCAUCACAAAUGUUUCAGACGUCUUUAAAAAAAAAUCAAACGAAAAAUUACAAAAAAAAUAAAAUAAAAAUGCAUUGAUUUCGCAGUACAA